UGCCAUUCAUUCCACUGCCGCCCUACGUUUCUGAUACAGACGCCCGCGUUUCUCUACCUCCAUCAAGCCCCCCCCUAGCUUGGAUCCCUCUGAGGAGCAAAUCCCUUCCAAUUUCCAGAAUGGCUUCCGCCACACCAGCCGAGGCCUCCACUACGUCACCCGAGAUAUCCACCUCCCUCCCAGAGGAAGUCAUAACAUGUCUUCAAAACGCGCGGUUUCUCCACCUAGCAACCUGCUCCCAUAAUACCCCGCAUAUCUCCCUCAUGAACUACACCUACCUCCCCUCCACUCCCUACACAUCUACACCCACCAUAAUAAUGACCACUCCCCCCUCCUCCCUAAAAUACACAAACCUAGCCUCCAACCCACUCGUCUCGCUGCUCGUCCACGACUGGAUAUCGCACCGCCCGCCCACCCUCUCGCGACCUGGCCGCAGUCCCUCACCGCCCGCUACCCGAGGCGGGCCAGGCGGUGUCCGCUCUGGCAGUCUCGCAGAAUUGUUGCUGGGCAUGAAUACCGCCAGUCUCAGUCGGAUUAGCGCGACAAUUAAUGGGAUUGCUGAGAUUGUGGAGCAGGGGAGCGAGGCGGAGAAUUGGUAUCGUGCGCAGCAUUUGGCGAAUAAUACGUUUGGCCCUGCGGAUGAGGAUAAUUUCUCGUCGUCACCGGUUGGUGGGGGGUUGUGGCGAGGUCUUGGCGGAAGGGAGAGCGGGGCUGGGGAAGAGGAGCUGCGGGAGGGGGAUGGUGGGACCAGGUGUUAUGUUGAGGGGGAGGAGGUGAGGGUUGUGGUGGUUAAGAUUAGGGAUGGGAGGAUUGCAGAUUGGAAAGGUCAGGUGCGGGAUUGGGUUGUUAGAGGAGGGGGAGAAGGGGAGCUUGCGAAUGGGGUGUGAGAUGUGGGCAGUGUACUACAGAGCAGUCUGUUGUUUGGUAGCAUGGGAGAGAGAAGUUCUGGCACAAACGCAGGCCGAGCAGAGUAGAGAUGCCAAGCGAAGGCUCUUCAAACAAUCAGGCACAACCGACAGACCGACAAACAUAAUUGUCAGGGUUAGUUCAGAAUGGAGAAGUAUAUGUUU